UAAUAACAAUUUUAUUAUUUUUGUUUGUUUGGAUUUUAAUUUUAUAAUUUAGUAAGACAGUUAAGUUCUUUUUAAUGAAGUUGACGUUCAAUCGAUACAGUAAUAACCGCAAUUCAUGUUCAAUGUUAUUAAACAGUAACUAUUUAAAAUUCACGUUUUAUCAUUUAUCAUACAAAUCAAUUUAAUGUUUAAUUUUUUUUAAAAAUAGUUUAGUGAGUAUAGUCAUAGUCCCCGGUAUGUAUUACUAUCAUAUAAUAAAAUAAUAUAUAUAAAAGUGAAUGUUUGUGGCGGGCGGGCGGUGUUUGUUCCACAAAGGCUUUUACAUGGACUACCCUAUACUAUACUCUGCCUAUACUAUUACCAGAGGCGUAGCGAGGGGGGACAGAUGUCCCCGGGCGCCAGCUAGUUAGGGGCGCCAAUAUGUGCUUUGAUAUUAUUUUAUUGUUAAAAAUAAGGGGUUUGAGAGUUGAUAAAAAGAAAAAGGGGCGCUUUAAAAUGGAUCUUGGCCGCGAAUCUUGUCUCCGGGCGCCAAACACCCUCGCUACGCCUCUGACUAUUACCAUUGCUCUAUCUAUAAUAUAAUAUAUAAUUAUAAUUAUAAUAUAAUUACCCAACGGUGAUGCACCAUCGUCUCACGAGACGGAAGGAUGCCGAUUAUAAUAUAAUUAUAAUUGAUUGGAUAUUUAUAUAGCGCUGGUAUCCAUGCUACUUUAGCAUGCUCACUGCGCUCUGGUUUUCUUAAAUCUAUUUAAACAAAAAAGUUUUUAAAUUAAAUGUUUCUUACUUAAACUUAAAUUAUUUUUUAUCAUUUUCAAUUCCCCUCAAAGAUUGGGGCAAACUGUUGCAUAAUUUUGGCACUUUCGCUUCAAAAGAGCGCAGUCCGUAAGACAUUUUUCUGUACUGUUUUCAUCCACACUGGGAAUUUUCAGUAAGGACUAUGUUGAAUACCGCAGGUUCUUUAAGGAUACAUGUUUAUAAAUCAGUUCUUUAAGAUAUUCUGGUGCAGAGCCUUCUAUGCAGCUGUACACCAGGGACAGAAUUUUGUAGUUGAUGCGCUCACUCACAGGAACCUAAUGGAGAUCUCGUAGAACUGUUUUGAUGUGGUCAGAUUUCUUUAUCCUCGAUACAAUGCGUGCUGCAGUAUUUUGUACCUUCUGGAGUCUCUGAAUUUGGUUCUGAGGUAAACCCUACAAACAACUGUUACAGUAAUCUAAUCUUGACUGGAUUAGAGUUACUGCUACAGCAUUGGCUGUUCUCUUAUUAUGAUAAUCUAGCAGUGAAUUAUUGUUGCUACUUCAUAAAUAUGUGUUUUCAGCUAAAGUGAAGAGAUAGCACCCUGACGUCAUUUGCGUAUUUUGUCCCUGGUUCCGAUAGGGUCAAAACCAUAGUUAGCGAUAAGUUUAGGGUUUAGGUUAGGCUUAGGGAUAGAUUUAGGGUUCAGGUUAGGUUUAGGGACAAAUUUAAGACAUAAGUUCGUGGGUCACAGCAACCAAGAUGGCAGCCGUGGUAAAAAAAAAUGCGGUGCUAUCUCUUCACAUUUACCAUGUUUUCCUAUGGCUAUGGUCUUAGGCAGGCGACCUCUGUGUAAGUGUAAGGGGCCAAAGGGGUGGCGACCCACAGGUUGAGAACCACUGCUCUAUAUUAUUAUAUAUAGUCUAUAUAAUAUAUAUUAUAUAAUGAAAUAUUAAUAAUAUACCAGCCGCAAUUGAUAACAGUAACACUACAGUACAGGGACUGUCGCGUAGCACUGUUCAGCCACUCUAGUCCUAGCAAUGAUUCAUCUAGUUUGUGGUGCUUGAGUUUCUUCACUUCACCCGAUUCCUUUUCGUAAAUUGUGUAAAUUGUAAAGUUAAUGAUAAUGUUUGUAUUCUGUACUAACAUACACAUUCUGGUUAAAUCUUGAUCUUACACUCUUAUACUACUUAUUCAUAUUCUUAAACCAGUAUUACUAGUACAUUGGCAAUCAAUUCCAUAUGUUGGGCUGUGCCAUAUAACAUCGUUUUCUGGUAAAUGACUCUCCCGCCACCCUGUACGGUAUUGAGCCAAAGGUUGCAGUAUAUGGUAGCUAUGGUCCUUGUGUUAAAGUGUCAAUAAUUUUAAGGAGGGAUAUCUGCAUACCUUAUGCUCAAUUAAAAAUGAAUGAUCUAUUUUUUAUAUAAGUCUAAAUGUAAGGCUGUUCAAAUCAAUGAUCAUUGGUAUUCUUUCGCUCAAGGCUUCCCCCACCCCCUUCCCCCUUUCACCCUCACCCUGCUCCCCUCAAUCUCCAGAGACGGGAUUUGAACUAAACACGCAAAACUCGAACCCUGUUGAUGACCAAACCAGAACCCUAUGGACCAUGGACAACCAAAUCCAAAUUACAGUUAUGCUGCUCCCAUGCUUCUACUUUGAUGCCACUCUCUUCUAUCAGCUGGUACAUAAUUUCUAUUAACGGUACCUAGUAAAUUAGAUGGGUCAGUGACUAUAAUGAAUACAUUCCUUUAAACAUGGUACCAUCCCAUCAACCUCCCUUUUUAAUAUUGCCGGAGCUUGGAGCGGAACUGACAAAAAUGUGUGCUUGCUCCUAAACCCUGAAUCAAAUGAAUGGGUUACAGGUGACAACAUUUAGAUAAUGCAAGAUGUGUGUGGAUGGUGAGGGGGCAGUUUACCUCAUAUAAUUAUAAUAAUUCUACAAGAUAAACAAAAAACAUUUGACUUGCCCCAGUAGAACGAAAGUGAGGAAAGAUAUGAUAGAAAAAUUAAACUGCAUUUGUUAUUUUACAGCAGGUGUGUGGGGACUUAUUAUUAUUUAUAAGCCUAUCUUGGAUCCAUCAAGAUAAACUGUUUUUGCUCAGAGGGCAGCAUAGAAUUUCUUUGGUUUUUUUGUUGUUUUUUUUUGAGUUUCUUCUUCUUCUAUAUCUUAAGGGCCCACGAUCAAUUUAUUGAUCAUUUUGGCUCCUAUGCAUGUAGAUGGGAUUUGCAAUGUUUCUGUUACUGGUGUUGAGGAGGAAAUCAUGCACUAAGGGUUUGAAGGCUUGAGGCAAUAGACACAAAUGUGUCUAGUGUUGUCGCCUCAACUGUUCCUUUUGAAAGUUUUAUAUAAGGUGGGCUUCAAAAUGUCAUUUUGAGUUCAAUUUGAAAAUAAGCAGGGGAUAAUUGUUUUAGAUUGCUAUGAUUAUAGUAUUAUUAUAACAGGUGGAAAAUUGCUUGCUCUAUGAAUAUUAAUUUCAAAGGCUUUUACAAAUGUUUUCAUAAUUUUUUUCAUUUUGCAAAAAUAUUCCAAUUUGCCUGAAGAUCUUGCACUUGCAGUAACUUUAAAUGUUUAAUCAGGCCUCAUCUGGUCCACUGGCGUUUGGGGUGCCCACCCCUGUUUUACAGUGUGACUUAACUUAAUUGUAAAAAACCUAAACUGGUUUAAAAACAAAACUGGUUUGCCAAAAAAAAAUGGUAUUACAUUUUUUACAUCUCUAGUUAUUACAGAACUGAAUCGAACCCAAACUUAAAUUGUUACCCAACUGAACCUAAACUUAAGCUGUUACGGAAAACAGAAUUCCAACUUAAGCUGUUACGGAAAACAGAAUUCCAACUUAAGCUGUUACCAAACCAGAACUAAAGCUGUUACUGAACCAAACCAAACAUGAACUUAUGUUGCUAAUAAACCGAUCCUGAACUUCUAAAGAGCUGUUUGAGUUUGAUUCCCAUCUGUACCUAAGGCCUAUGGGCCUAUGAAAUAUAGUGCCAUAACCUACACUAGUUUAAAAAGGGUGGACUACUAUCAGGUUGAAAUAUAGAAAUUAUAAUAGAGGUAGGGGAGAACCUGAAAAAAAAGAAGAAACAAAACAACUAAUAUGUCUGCAAUAAACCUUUAUGAGCAAACAAACCCAUACAAAUAGACUAGAGGAUGAAAAAUUAAUACCCGGUAGGUGAAAAAAAUGAUACCUAUACUAUUUGGCAAGUAAGUGUAUAGUAAGUAGGCUGUCAUACAAACUAAGUAGUUACUUAGUAGGCUAGUACAAGGCCUGUAGUAUUGUAAUAUAAAAAUAUUUUAGAAGAAAAUAAAGUUCUUAUUUUUGUUCUACUUAAUUAAGACUAUAAGUUAGACAAAAAGUAAAUGCAAAGUAUUUGUCAAAUAGUACCGGUAUGCCAUAUUAGGAUUUACAAUUUUUUUUAUGGAUAUUGGCAUAUUGAUGAUAAAUUUUUUUUUUUAUAGGGGUACUCAUAGGUUACUGAAGCAGUUGUAAAGAGAAUUAAUUCAGCUUAAAUAUUAUAUAGUGCUUUAACUUUAACCUAUUAAGUUACCUAUCAGUUACUAUGAAUCUUGUAUCAUAACUUCACAAAGUCCAUCCAAGUCUUCAUAAGGAAUGUUCAAAUGAUAUGAUAGCACAAUGAGGGCAGUGACCCAAAGAAUAUUGAGAACCACUGAUCGAAACCAUUAAAUUCUUAUAAACCAAAAUCAUUUAUGACUAUUUCCUCCCAAAAUCACCCAAAGUUGACAGUUUUACACUUAAUGAACUUAUUUAUUGCACUGAAAAUUUUUCUUAUAGGAUUAAAUUGACCCCCCUCCCCCAUGAAUCUCUAUUUGCGAACCCUCCACAAAGGAGGAGAGGUGCCAUGAAGAGGCAGUUUCCUGUGACCUCCUGCCACCUGAGGAGUAGUAGUAGUCCUGUGUUUUAGCCGAUGCAGAUAGGAAUCUUCUUCUUCUAUAUCUUAUGGGCCCACGAUCAAUUUAUUGAUCAUUUUGGCUCCUAUGCAUGUAGAUGGGAUUUGCAAUGUUUUAUUGCAAAAGUUUUCUCAGUGCUGUUAACCAUAAUGAUCCUAUUAAUUUUUAAUUCUAAAGCAGUCAUGGCCCCUAAGUACCUUACAUAUUAACCUAGUAACAGGGAUAAAACAGUUGUCAAGUCAACCCGCACUCAACAGGGGUUCUUUUUUUGUCAUUGAUUAUCACCUUUGUUAGCUAUGGUCCUUAAGCGGCACUGUAAUCAUGUGCCCUAGUUUGCCUAUUGGAUUAUACUAAGUUAUUGAUCUGGUGUGGAAGGAUAAGCAGGUUGGUACCCCUGCAAGUUUCCUAAGCCUGGAGGACUUCUUCCACCUUAGCCACAGGCUGCCAUGGGACAGGCUGCAAAUGGGGCAGGGGGAUAAUUUUUGUACUAAGCGACUUAAAUAUUUUUAUUUAUCUACUGAUUUGGUUGCAUUUUACAAUUUAAAAAAUGGUCAAGAUAAUUAAGAAGGACUAAACUUAAACAGUUGAUGUAAUCACCUCUUAUUUUUUUAAAUUAGUUAAUGCUGAACUUUUCUGCUUUCUGGUAUUUAAAAGUAAAUCAAUAAUAUAAAUGAAUCAGUAAUACUUACUAUUGUAGAUCCUCAGUUAAAAAAGGACAUGGCUCUUAAAGGUAUUAAAGUUAUAGAAUUGGCUGGACUUGCACCAGUGCCAUUUUGUGGUAUGAUACUCUCUGACUUUGGAGCAAGAGUUAUUAGAAUAGACAGAGUGAGUAAAUUUUUUAUUUAUCAUAAAGAUCAAUAUUGCCUUCAUCUGUAUUAUAACCAUAUAUGUGUUUUGAAGUCUUUUAUUUAAAUGAUUAUUGUUAUAACCUUUAUGAAAAUAUAAUUUUAUACCUUAUUUUAAAAAUUUAAAAGAUAAACUUUUUUUUUUUAUAUAUAAUUAUCAAAUGGCUUUAAAUUUUUUUUGCAAAGGGUAUAAAACGUCCAAAAAAAAUUAUGAUGCUCACCAUUUCAUCUUAAUGAAUGUAAAUGUCAUCAUUCUCCUAGGGCAGGUCAGCACAACUCAAAAUGUAAGGUGGGCCGUAUUACUUUAUAAAAAACUUGUGUGGGCCGAAAGAUAAUAGGACGGGGGGGGGGAGUUAUUAAGAAAAUAGUACCAGUAAUAAUAAAGAAUAUUUCAUUAUUUCGCGGGCCGCAAAGUGGGUGCUUGCAAGCCGCAGGCCAUAUGUUGUGCAGGCCUGUCCUAGAGGAUUUGGGAAAAGUGUAGGUAGGGGAGUGUUCGGGAAUAGUCUUUGUAACGAUAGGUGUCAAGAGUAUCUAAAUUUUGUGGCAUAUUGUGACUAUGGACAGAGGGGUGUUAAAAAAUCAGCCAAAAUAUGAUGAUAUUGAUGGCCCCUAAGUCUCAGUAUAAUUACUUUUAUUCAACAAAGUACCUGCUUUAGAUUAUAUAUUACUUAAAUUUAGCUUUGCUAAAUCAGUAAAGAGUGUGACAUUGUCAUUUGCCAGUCAAUAUAAUUGUUGAAAAGCCAAAACUUAUUACUUCAGUACAGCUGGGAAUAAUAUUUAUAUAUAUUUGCUUCAGUUACAUGCCCCAAAUAUAGAUAGUAUGGGUCGUGGAAAGGAAUCUGUCAGUAUUGACAUGAAAAAGAAAGCUGGACAAAAUGCAGUAAAGAGGUUAUGUUUGGCAGCUGAUGUGCUCAUUGAACCUUUCCGACCAGGUUAGUUAGUUUUAUUAUUUCUGCUUUAGUAGGCUUGCAAUGCAGGUUGAUUGACAAGCAUUCUUAUGAGGUGGUCAAAGCCAAUUAAUUUGCUUUUGAGCCAUACUCUGGCUGAUUUGUAUGGCAUCAACAAUUUGUCAUUUUUCCUGACUAUACUAGUUUUUAAAAUCCUUUUUAUAUCAAUAUCAUUCAUUUAUUUAAUGAGUUAUAUAAAUCUCAAUGUCAAUAAUAAAUAACCUGUAAUUUUGCUCUAUAUCAAUAGAGUUAAGAAUUAAUUUAUGUAGGCAAUUUUUAUUAAAAAGGGCUAUCAUCAAACUAAACAAAAAUCAUCAUAAUCAUCCAAUAUUUUUUACAUAUAUAUAUUUACACCAGGAAGCAAUGAUAUAAAAAAAGUGGGUAACAUUUUGCUCUUUUUUUCCCUCUCUCUGUCUUUAAAUUUCAUCCUUUUUUAGCUGUAAAAUUUGAAUUUUAUCAUCUUAAAUCUUUUGUAAAAUUAAACCUUAUUUAGAGAAUCAGUAUCUAAGACAUUUUAUUUUAAAAUAUAAUUUUUCUUUUUUCUUCUUGAAUUUAGGUGUUAUGGAAAAACUAGGACUCGGUCCUGAUGUCCUGACCACAAAUAACCCUAGGCUCAUCUAUGCUCGAUUAACUGGAUAUGGUCAAAAAGGGCCAUUAUCCCACAAAGCAGGCCAUGACAUUAAUUAUAUUGCAAUAUCUGGUAUGUAUUAAAUUCUUUUUUUCUAUUUGAAACUGACAAAAUAAUAUUAUAAAGCUUAGUGGCUUAGUUUUAUGCUUAGCUUCAGCAAUAUUCCAGAAAAACAAUGCUUACAUACAUGAAGGCAAUUUUUUUUAAAUUUAAACUCUCUUCUCUUUGAACUUAUUUACUUAUUUAAGUUCAUGUAUACUAAAUAUAAAAUAUUAUUUUAGCUCACACAUUUGAAUGAAAAAAAUGUUAUCUCAUUUUAUUUCAGGUCUGUUGUCGAAACUAGGGAGAAAAAAUGAACCCCCAUUUCCACCAGUGAAUUUAGCUGCAGAUUUUGGAGGAGGUGGUCUUAUUUGUGCACUUGGGAUUGUAAUGGCUCUAUAUGAACGAAAUUUAUCUGGCUUGGGUCAAGUUAUUGAUGCUAAUAUGGUUGAAGGCUCUGCCUAUUUAGGUAAUUAAAAUUUGCUUUUCCCUGGGUAUUCAAUAAAUUGAUUGGAUUUUCCAUAAUGGAAAAAUCAAAAUAGUUCUUUUCACUUUCUGAUAAAUUUACCUGGUUAUAUAAAAGAAAAUUUUCUUGUACUAAUUAAUAAUAAACAAAAAUAAAAUAAUUUUUUAUAUGAGAUGAAUAUCACAGAAAGUGUCAACCUGUUCUAUUCUAAACAUUUCAUUAACAUAACUUGUCAUAACCGGAACAACUAAUUUUGCAAGCCUUAUUUAAUUUAUAUCUCUUUUGUGUUUUAAUCCUGGCAAAAAAGUAUAAUGGUUAAAGUUAAAAAAGGGAUUUUAAAUAGAAAUUUAUCAGCCAUUUCAAUUAAUCACUUAUUUACUGAGUGCACAAACAGUAUUAAUUAUUAAAAAAUCAAUGUGAUUUUUCAAUGAUUCAGAAAAACUGCUAAUUUUUAUUUUAUAUCAUAACCACGUUAGCACAAUUGUUUUACAUAAGUUUAAACUAAAAAACUGUUUGUUUUUAAAUUAUAUUAUUUUGUUUGUAAUAUCAGUACCGGUAUUAUUUGUCUGAAAAUAUACUUAUUCAUAAAUUUAAUACAUGUUAGGUAUAUUACUAAUAAAUUAAGUUUUUAUUCUAAAUUAAAACCUUAAGUCUGUAUGUUUGACUGUAACAUCAUAAAAUUAAAUAAAUUGAAAACAUUUUCCAGCGAGCUGGCUGGAUGGCACAGCACAUUAUUUUCCAAAACAAAGAGGGGACAAUAUUUUAGAUGGAGGAGCUGCAUUUUAUAACACAUACGAAACGCAAGAUGGUAAAUAUAUGGCUGUUGGAUCUUUAGAGCACAAAUUUUAUGAAGAGCUUCUGAAAGGUAAUACAUUUUUUCAACAUUAAUACUCAUUUAAAACUCUAUUUCAUAUUGAGAUUAGAUUAAUAAUUCAUUGAGAUUUUGUCUGUUCUCUUAUAAAUGGGGUCAGGUCAUAUAAAGAACAUUCCUUUACUUUUAUAAUUAACUUUGCAUCUGAUCUUUUCUUGUUAACUUCAUUAUUAACUAAGUCUUAACUAUGCAAUUAUAAUUUGGGUGGGUUUCCUAUUAGAAUCCACAAUGCAUGUGACAAAACUACCCUAUUCACAAUUUUUUAAUUGUCACAAAAGUUGCAAACAUUGAGAUCACUGAAACAGAAUAAUAAUAUUAUAUACACAAACACAAUUUUAAAAAUCAUUUAUGUUUUAGUUUAUAUUCCAUUAAAUCAAAUUUAAAGAAUAUGGAGAUCACAUAAUUUUAGGACAGAAUCUAUUAAAAAAAUAACAGUAAAAUCAGGCAAUCACUUAUCAUUACUGGAAUUGUGAUGAGUACCACUUUACCACUUAGAAAAAAAAAAGAAAUGGGAAAUGAAUAUGAUGUCUUAGAUGGCUUUUAACUGGGCUAUUAGCUUCUGAAAUGAUUUUUAUGACCUUUUUUUAGGUUUGGGCUUGAAUCCAUCAGCUGUUUCACAAUCUGGUAACCAAGAACAACAAAAAGAACUCUUUGCCAGCAUCUUCCUCACUAAAACAAGAGAUCAGUGGACUGAAAUAUUCAAUGAAUUGGAUGCUUGUGUUACACCCGUUCUCACAGCAGAGGAAGCAUCUCAUCACCCCCAUAAUGAAGAAAAGGGAACGUUCCAGAGAGCCUCCAAACCAAAACUCAUGGCAAGUCCUGCACCAAGACUAAACAGAACACCAGAAAUUAGACACCCCAGGCCUCUCCCUGAAAUAGGCCAACACACCGUUGAUGUUUUAUUAGAAUUUGGAUUUUCUCAGUUAGAACUCAAGGAACUUGUAAAAUCAGGUGCAAUUGUGGAACAAGGAAAACUUUAAAAUAUAGUUAAAAUUUCUUAAAUAAGAUAAAUAAAAGGCGUUAACAUAUUGUGCAAUGCAUUUUGGAUUAUCUGUUUUUCCUAAUUAUUGAUUUGUCUUAUAUUAAAAUUGUAUAUAGUUUAAACUUGAAUUAAUUGCUCAAAGCUCAUUUACCCAGACAUAUUUCAUUAUCAUAUAACCCUUGAAAAUAAAUUAAUAAAUAAUUUAUCAACAUUUAAUAAUUGAAUUCUUUGUUAUUACCACCAUGCUAUAUUUAAAAGCUAUAACUUAUUUAAUUAAAAUAUCACUUGAGUCAAGACUUUUACCCUGUCAUUCUUCAUUGUUAUGUCAUGUGCGUCCUUGGAUAGUGGAAUGUGUUUUUUUAUUAUGAGGUAUACUACCCCACAGGUAGCCCUACAGUAUUUCUUUUAUUAUAAAUUUUCUAGGUU